AUGUCUUUCCACGUUACCGCUGAGGAUGCUCGCAUCGAGGUGCGCGAUAACCGCACCAUCCUCUUUGCCCGCCUCCGCCGCGAGGACGGCGAGUGGAACGACGCCAGCUACGAGCUUGACCAGAUCAUCGGAAACAACGAUGGUCACUUCCAGUGGGGUGGUCAGAACUUCACUGAGACCGCCGAGGAUAUCCGCUUCCACCCCAAGGAGGGUGCCGCCGAGCAGCCCAUUCUCCGUGCCAGGCUCCGUGACUGCAACGGCGAGUUCCACGACCGCGAUGUUAACCUCACCGAGAUCGUUGAGAACGUCAACGGCCAGUUCCAGGCUAGUAAGUCUACUUGCCGCCCAGCCAGCACUGAUGUCCAAACGCUCAAGUAA